AAACAAUUCAACCUUCCUCAGAGGAGAGCGUACCGUUCGAAGAAAAAAAAAAAAGGACAACCACGGACUUCCACACUAACCGAAGGCUGUGAAGACGACGCUGUUAUUAGAUAGAAUGCAGCCUCAUACUUCUUAAAUUAUCAUACCAUAAACACUGAUCCAGGAACAUGGCCCAAGGUGUGUGUAGAUAUGCAAGCAUUAUGAAUGGUGCACGGCAAGUGCUUUUUCAUCAUAGGAUUCACAAAGUUUUCAAACAACAUCUUGUCUGCAUAAGUGUUUGGGAAAAGGACAAGAAAGGUGGCAACAGAAAACCUUAUCCAGUUUCCCACAUAGAAAUGAUAAAAGAUGGACUGAAGAUGAUGGGUCCAGAAAUGAAAAAGUUUGGUGAUGAAAUGAAACAUAAAUUCCGUGCAGAUCCAUUUGUUAAUAUAAAUGAUGGUGAUUAUGAAUACAUAUGGAAAUUCAAUGAUCGAAAGAGAGUUGAGGAAUGGAUCGUAAGUUCAGACCAUGAUAACAACGAGGGUCAGAGCAAAGCAAAUCUGACUUUUUCCACAAACAACACAGCUCUCUUCCAUGGCUAUCUCUCCCAGCAAGUUCCUAAAGAUGGAGUAGUCAAACGCACAGGCUAUUGUAACAUCCGUUCUCCAACUAAAUUUCUGUCAUUUAAGCGGGAAGAUAAUCAUGACUGGAGCUGUUUCACCCACCUUUUGAUGCGUGUGCGAGGUGAUGGUCGUCCAUAUAUGGUGACAAUAAGCAUGGACCGGUUUUUUGACAUAAACUGGUUUGAUCAGUACCACUACACACUCUUUACUAGAGGUGGACCAUACUGGCAGAUAGCUAAGAUUCCGUUCUCCAAGUUUUACGUCACAAGCAAAGGCCGUAUCCAGGACAAGCAAGAACCUAUUCAACUGGAACGCAUCACUCAUUUGAGUAUCACAAUUGGUGAUGGGAACGAAGGACCUUUUUACCUGGAAAUAGAUUAUAUUGCCUGCAUGUUUGAUGAAAACCAUAAAGAGGCAUUUGCCUAUGAAUCUUAUGUCACUGAUCCUGCUCAUGUAAACACAUAGAAGGAAAAAAAAUGGCUGUAACCGUAGUUUGUGAAUACAUUUUUUUCAGAUUUAGGGUGGGUUGAUGAAUGUACAAGUCCUUGCAUGCAUAUGUGGACAUGCAAGCAUGUAGAUUCAUACAUAAAUAUAUAUGUGUGAUAUGUACAUGUCAAUUCACUUUGUACAGAAACUCUUACCAGUGGAUUUACUUAGUACUGGAAUUGAAUGCAAAGAAUAGUUAAUAAGUUUAUUACACAGAGAGAAAAAUUAACCAUAGCAAUCGCUAUUGGAAUAAACUGUUUUUAUGAAAACA